AUGGAUAGACAGCACCGGUGGAAAGAGAUCAUCUCAUGGGGUAAGGAUGAGGAGACCGUCAAAUUCUGGGCCCUUUCCUCGUGGAAGUUCGACGCAGAGAGGACUGUGGGCUCGCGAAAGGACAAACUGACCAUCGUCAAUCUACCUGCAAUGGCAGGUGUGAUAAGAGGUCUCAUAGAGAAGCUGCCCCUGUCUUUCGUCAUCGCACCGGUAGUUUUCGGAGCCGUUAACGUACUGUUUAUGACACACGGCGAGGGACUGUUAAGACAGGUGACAGCCGCCCAACUCAUAGAGGGCUAUCCGUUCAGGAUAUUAGACACCAUCGAUGUGGUGACCAAA